AUGAAGAAUCUCCGGAUGCAAUAUGAAAUAAAAAUGAGUAAUUUCCAGAAACAAGAAGAGUAUAUCUCUGAAGAUGCAUCAAUGUGCUUUAAUAACUUUGGACCAACGGAUCCUACGCAAUUUCAGCAAUUUUUGACUUUUAAUGAGGAAUAUUCGCAGACUUUUACUAGUUACUAUAAUGAUAAUGGUAACUUAUGA